GUUUUGGGACCUCGGGGGGGAUUUAAUGGGAUACAACACCCCACACCCUGAACAGCACUGCUGGGAAAGCUCCCUCACCCACCCCAAGCCAGCAGAAACCCCACAGGCACCAGCAGCAGAGACCAUCUGUCGUCAUUAUUAAUUAUUUCUAAUUAUUAUUAAUUGUUUCUAAUUGUUUCCAAUUAAUUCUGCUUAUUCCCAAUGACCUGCAGUCACUGCCUCCCCUUCUCACUCCCCCUUAUCUGCCAGGCCUGGAGAAGUUGUAAAAUUCCCUUUUUUGGGUGAAAGGUGAAGGAAACCACAGGUGCAGAAUUAGCCCUGCCCUGCAGUCAAGGAAUGGAGGCCACAGUAUCAGAUUUAUCCUGCCAAAAAUAACCCCAGAAACAGAAAUGGAGCUGCAGGGCUCAGGAAUGCAAAACGCAACUUUCUGCUAAAAAAACCAUUGAGAAAGACAGGCCUGGAAGGGAAACUGCCAAAUGAAAUGGUGCCACUGAGGCUGGGAUUAUCUCCACAAACACAGAGCGAUUGUUCUGGCUAUUCCCAUUGUUCUGGUUAUUCUGGUUAUUCCCAUUAUUCUGGUUAUUCCCAUUGUUCUGGUUAUUCUGGUUAUGCCCAUUAUUCUGGUUAUUCCCAUUAUUCUGGUUAUUCCCAUUAUUCUGGUUAUUCCCAAUAUUCAGAUUGUUCUGGCUAUUCCCAUUAUUCUGGUUAUUCUGGUUAUUCCCAUUAUUCUGGUUACUCUGGUUAUUCCCAAUAUUCAGAUUGUUCUGGUUAUUCCCAUUAUUCUGGUUAUUCCCAAUAUUCAGAUUGUUCUGGCUAUUCCCAUUGUUCUGGUUAUUCUGGUUAUUCCCAUUAUUCUGGUUAUUCCCAUUAUUCUGGUUAUUCCCAAUAUUCAGAUUGUUCUGGCUAUUCCCAUUAUUCUGGUUAUUCUGGUUAUUCCCAUUAUUCUGGUUAUUCCCAUUGUUCUGGUUAUUCUGGUUAUGCCCAUUAUUCUGGUUAUUCCCAAUAUUCAGAUUGUUCUGGUUAUUCCCAUUAUUCUGGUUAUUCCCAAUAUUCAGAUUGUUCUGGCUAUUCCCAUUAUUCUGGUUAUUCUGGUUAUUCCCAUUGUUCUGGUUAUUCCCAUUUUUCCCUGGGAGCUGGGAGCAGCAGCAGGGCCCGGGCAAUGUCACACAGAACAAUUAUUCAGAUUAUUCUCAUUACUCUGAUUAUUCCCAUUAUUCCCAUUAUUCGAUUAUUCCCAUUAUUCAGAUUAUUCCCAUUAUUCCCAUUAUUCCCAUUAUUCGAUUAUUCCAUUUUUUCCCACUAUUCCCAUUUUUCCAAGGGAUUUGGGAGCAGCAGCAGGGCCCUGGCAAUGUCACACAGUGCAGUUAUUCAGAUUAUUCAGAUUAUUCUCAUUAUUCUGAUUAUUCCCAUUAUUCCCAUUAUCAGAUUAUUCCCAUUUUUCCCAUUUUUCCCCUUUUCCCCUGGGAGCUGGGAGCAGCAGGGCCCGGGCAAUGUCCCCCAGCUCUGCUCCCCAGCCCUUCCUUAUCUGCAGAGCUUUAUCUCAGCCAGGGCACAGCUCCUGGGGCAGCCACCAACAAAAACUUCUUUUUCCAGGAAACAAAACCACCCCCAACCCCUCCCCGAGCUCCAAAAAGUUGGGGGUUUUUGGGGUUUUUUUUUUUCCCAAAGAAAUAUCCUAAAGAAACAGUGAAAAAAUAUUAUUAAAUCAUGUUUUUCCAGAAAAUAAUUAAAUUUAAAUUUAAUUUUUUCCAGAAAAGAAACUAAUUUCUGUGUUCCCACCCCAGCACAGAAAUCUGCAGCAAAUAAACAAAUAAAAAUUAAAAAUAAACAAUUAAAAAAUUAAAAAUUAAUUUCUCAAAGCCUGCAGGAGGCCCCCAAAGGGAGAAAUGGCAGCAGAGGGGGGUGAAAUUUGAAUUAUUUGGGAUUUCAGCAGCCCUCAGCUCACACAAACUGCCAGGAAGUUCUUCAGCACAAAAAGAGUGAGGGCAGAGCAGCUGAAAUCGCCUCUGAGAAACAAAACAAACCCAAAAAUAAAAGAAAAGGAGAAUUGAGGAGCCCCACGUGUGCCAAGGAAAUCCAUCCCUGCCUGGAGCCCUGCCCAGAGCUCAGGGCUUGCAUUCACCACCACCCCUGCAGAGCCCGGGGAAUGGAUUAUUGCCUGGGAAAAGGAACUCUCAUCGGGUUAUUUUCUGGGAAAAAUUUAAUUUUGGUUAUUUUCUGGGAAAAAAAAAAAUUAAUUGAAUUAUUUUCUGGAAAACUGAAACUUAAAUUGGAUUAUUUUCUGGAAAAAAAAUUAAAUCUAAAUGGAAUUAUUUUCUGGGAAAAUUGAAAAUUUCAAUGGAUUAUUUUCUGGGAAAAUUGAAAAUUUCAAUGGAUUAUUUUCUGGGCA